AAAGUUUCGUCCUCCAUCUCCGCCACGACAACUCGUUCGCUGUGAUGGCGCUCAGCUUCCUGGCCGCGACAGCGACAUUGCUGGUCGCAUUUUAUAUUUAUAAGUUCUUCUCCUUCCUGCGCUUCUACCGCCAUGCACGACAAUCGGGCUUUCCAGUCUUUGUCUCGCCCGUCUUCUCCAAAAGUAUCCCGUGGAUGAUCCUGGGCCCGGCCCUGCAGCCUGUAUACAAGAAAUACCUGCCACACUGGAUCUUCGACCGACUCGACGUUUGCGCCCAUGGAUGGGAGUUUCGCAACAAGCGCGCAUAUCACGACCGCCUCGGCGACGUGUUUAUUCUCGUCACGCCCGACGAGUGUUCGGUCUGGUGAGCGAAUCGAGGCUGUUGAGCGGAUCAGUUCUGAUGAGACCAGGAUUGCGGACCCCACUCUCGCGCUCAGCAUGCUUCAGAGACGAAAUGAUUUCCCUCAAGCGCCCAUUGUCGCCAAGAUCAUGGGGUUCCUUGGUUCGAAUGUGUUUUGUGCAAACGGUGAUGAAUGGAAACGACAUCGCCGAAUGUUCGCAUCCAAUCUGGACGAGCGGAUUAGCAGGACCGUGUGGACGGAGAGCAAAGUGCAGGCCCAGGAUAUGUUCAAGUACAUCGUCAACCACCCUGGGAAUCAAACGCUGGACGGGCUGAAGAGCGUGGCAAUCAACGUGAUCGGUCAAGCUGGUUUCAGCCAGAAAGAGCACUGGACACCGGGGUUGCGGGCUCGCCUGGGGGCAGCGACGACUGGCAAGGCCGCCUAUUUUGAGACGCUCUCGCUGAUUACCCAGAUGUUCCUCGAGGCGGCGUUGCUUCCAACCAAGUUUAUGAAGUUGCCCAUCAUGUCGCGUGGGUUGCAGCUGCUGGGAUAUCACAUGGAGCGAACCCCAGAGUACGUGCAGGAAGUGCUCAACGAGGAACGCAAUGCUACAGAGAAGGCGGGCGGUUCUCGCAGCAAUUUUCUCAGCCUGCUGCUGCAGCUCUCCGACGAGGAUCGACGAUCCGGACAGAGCCAGUUUUCGCUAUCAGACGACGAAAUCAGCGGCAGUUUGUUCAUCUUCACCACGGCAGGGUACGAGACAACCGCAAACACCAUGGGCUAUUCGGUCAGCUUCCUCGCCGCAUACCCACAGUGGCAGGAGUGGAUUCGCGAAGAGCUGCAGGGUCUUUCCGAGGAUCCAGCGACGUGGAAGUACGAAGAGGUCUUUCCAAAAUGCCGACGGACCCUUGCGUUGAUGCUCGAAACCCUCCGCCUCUUCCCUCCAGUCCUCCACACAACACGCGCAGUCCUCGAACCUCAAGAACUCAUCGAUGCGACCGGCAAGACCCACUUGUUGAUGCCGCCAAUGGACAUCUAUGCAUGCCAGCUCAGCCUGCACCUGGACCGCAGGAUCUGGGGCGACGACGCAGAUGAGUUCCGACCCAGCCGUUGGAUUGACGAGGCCGGCCAGCUCGUCACCCCAGAAAAGGGCACGUACCUCCCCUGGUCUGGCGGGCCGAGAAUCUGCCCCGGGAUGAAGAUGUCGCAGGUGGAGUUUGUGGCAACAAUGGCGACUCUCUUUCGGAAUGGAAAGUGCGAGCCCCUACCGAUAGACGGGGUGGACUCGCCGGAGCUGUUGCGAGAGAGGCUGCUCGGGCUGACUCGCGAUUCUGUGAGCAAACUGGCGCUGUCGAUGAGGAAUCCUGAUGGGGUGCAACUGCGGUGGACGGCUGUCUAGUCUACAGUGUUGGUCAGUUUCGUGCGCCUGUUGAAGGCAACGCCCAAUGACUGUGUAAGCUGUAUAAAUAGUGGCAAUUGAUCAAUCAAUGGCGACUGGCAACGCCGACUCUGCCUAGCUAGCCGCGAGACCGGUCGUUGUGGCUUACCUGAUAAGUCAACCCUCAAUUACUUGACAAUCCCACUCUCCGGCAUUUCCUUGUCACAGAGUCUGAUCGACAGUGAUUGCAGUAGCCACUGUGCGGAGCGACGCAAAGAGGCCGACGCAGGAGAGCAAGUGAUGGAAAGCGAGUUGUUGGUCUCUGCGCGGCUGAGCGUAGACAACGUGGAUCCUGUAGAGAAACUCAAUUGAUGCCGAGCGAUAUCUUGGUCAAACUUUCACCGUAUCAAUGUGGAUUACUAUAAAGAGAUGCUCGUUGUUUAUGAGGACGAUCGAAAGGACGCAACGUUUCCACGGAGGUAAUGAGAAUCGACCUCCGGCCAUCCGUGGCGCCUUCCCCAACAGGCCGAGCAGAUGUCCACAGCGCUGAGGCGGCAAGCACCCGGGACUGCAGGUGAUGGGUACGAGGCGCCAUUGAGAUGGCUGUUUGAGCAGUCGCAUUAGAUGCUCAAGGAAAUCCUCAGUGCCCAUUGUCGCAGGAGUAGUGAGUCAGCCACCAUUCCCCUUCAAAACAAAGGAUUGCGGACGGCAUGUGUGGCGGCCUUUCAUUGUUAUUAGCACAAGCUCAAUCAAAAUGGCUUCUUUCAAAUGGCCAUUGAUGCCGUUGUUCAUUGUUGCCAUCGCAAGAUAUAAACCACCCUCUUCAUCCUGUACCGUAUCCAACACAAGUCCUCCAUCCUCUCCACACAGCAUCAGAUCCUCUCGCCUGAUCACCAUCCAACGAAUAUCCAAGUCCCAGCACAGCCCACAUCAUCAAGCCCAUUAAUCUUAAUCAUGGUCUCCCCCGAACGCGAAAUCAUCAACGCCCUGAAACUCGACAACCCCUCGGCUCUCUCCAAAGUCCUCCCC